GCAAUGCCAUCUCAUCUCUUAGUCUCACCCUGCAACUGCAAUUUGGUUUGUGACACUCAGAGGUGUAGGAAGACAACUUGUAAACAGCAUGGCUUUCAUGCGAGCCUUGUGCUUCGUCCUGUUGGUGGGUUUUACUGCGGCAUUUCAACCAGACUGCUCGUCGAAAUGCCCACCUAAGUGUCCACCGAUGUGGACCUUCUACAAUGGCAACUGCUACCGUUAUUUCGGCACCGUCAAGACCUUCGCUCAGGCUGAGAAUCACUGCAAGGAGUUCACUCAAGUCGGCCAGUGUCACCUGGCGUCCGUAGCCAGCGUUGAGGAGAAUUCUCUGCUGCUCACGAUGUUGAAGUCGGUCCGUGGGACUACUACAUCCAGCAGCAUGUGGAUCGGCUUCACUGACGUGGCAGAGGAAGGGAACUUCAUCUGGACAGAUGGGUCAGCGGUCGGCUUUACCAGAUGGAGAAGUGGCCAGCCCUGGAUCAAAGCUGGUGAAGCGGACUGUACCGAAAUGGUAAGCGGAUGGGAUGGCGAAUGGAAUGACGACCCAUGCGGCUCUACGAAAGCCUACAUGUGCCAGAUGGCAACUUCAAAGUAAAUCCCACCACAACGGACGACCACGGAGAUUCGUAAGAACAAUUUUGUAACAUCAAACCUGGAACAAAACGACACCAAGUCGAUGUCAUCGCCAUAAUCGCCAAACUGUUCUACCAAACGGACACUCUCUAACAGUUUCACUUUAAAACUAAACGGUUGAAUUUCGAGGUGUGGACUGCUGUCCGGCUACACAGUGAGAAUGAACUUCACACCUUCAUGGCUUACACGUUUAAGAACACACGCAUCCUUUCAAACAAUUUGGCUUUGACCAAGUAUCGAGGUUAAUAGUGAGACAUCCAUUGAAGACCACAACCAUCGGUGAACUAAUCUGCUGGUUUAGGCGUACGCUUAAGCCGCACACUUAUCUCCAAACACUUAGGAAACAAGGAACAAAAAUAGUUUUCAAUUAAAAUCCUCAGAUUACAGGCUCCAACAGUUUUUGCUUCAAUUAACUGGACACCUUGCUUUAAUUUUAUAUUCAUUUACUCUUGAAAUCUCCUAUAAUUUGCUUUGUCGUUUAAUGUUCGAAUUAUUUUUAAUUUCUGGUAAAUUCUGUUAUCAUUAGAAUGUAAGUUUAUUGAUGUUUAAAGUUCAAAUUCUUGUUAUUGUUUAUGUAUCAGUAGAGAACAUUUGUUGGUCAAUUCCACUGUCUAAGUGCAAGUCUAUAUGCUCUGAUUUUCAUGGAUGGACUAAUUAAAGAUAUUAAGUUAGUGAAUAUAAAAAAACCUGGAUCCAUUUUAAUUCAUGCCGAACACACCAGAUAAAUUCAGUCCAUUCUUGGAUAAUUUGCAACGAAAUAUUAAGAACCGAUACCAGUUGUCAAUGCUUAACCUACCCGCCGACGAAUUACCACUGAGAUGAUGGACAUUUUUUUUCCUUUAAGAUUUAAAAUUCUAAACUUUACAUUUUUCUGUCAUCAUUAUCCACGAUUGAGUGUCUCAAAAUAGUUCCAACGUGUUUUAACUAAAAUUUGUUUCUUUAAUAUUUUUCUUAUUCUUAAAGUUGUCGAAUUUUUAUUGCCGACUUUGUUGUUGUUAUUUGCAUGAUCAAUCUUAUUUUACUCCUUAAAUAAUCGUAGAUUAAAAAUGUCGCAUGAAACAUUG